AUGGCCGACGUGCCACCGCACCGUGGACCCUCUACUCGUGAUGGACACUCCAACCAGCCCGAAGGAGGCAAUACUCACAACCACGCCCUAGCUCAUCCACCACGAAGUACCUGCUCGCCAACGAGGCCGGAGACAUUCCUCUGUACGUUCUGCUGGCGCCCUCAGCGAUCUGACCCCGUCAACCCAUCCGGCGCCCCGAAAGUGGUGUGCGGCGAGGUCGUGUUCCGCGGGGACGAGUGCGUGAGCCUGGGUUGGUGCUUCUGGCACAGGGGCUGCUACGGCUGCUUGUUCUGCGGGAACAGGAGGGUCGUCGAGGGUGUAAGCGUGGAGGAGCUACUUGAAGAUGCCGGGUCUCGAGUACCAGAUCGCUCGACCGAGUUGGGCAGAGGCAAGGGCAGAGAGAUUGACGAGAUACCCCUGUGCGGGCCAUGUGUCGAAGAAGUCUCGAGGGAGACGACGAAGGACGACCAUCUCAUUCCGAUGGCCCUGCGCAGGAUCGAUCGAUAUGAUGGAGGCUUAUCGAGGAGACGAUGGGAGGAAGCCACGGGCAAGAGCACUCAUGAAGACCAUGGUCAUGAGACACCAAGCUCUCUGAGUUCACACCCUGAGCUUGAGCAGCAAGCCGGAAUCCUCGCUACCUCGGCCAGGUCGAAAGAGAAGCAUGUUUCCCGGACACCCUCACCAAUUUAUGUUUCUAUGCAUGACCCUGUUGGGGAGCCAGCCUUUCGACGGAGCGAGACAAAGCCAAUUCCGAAAUGGAUGCAGUAUCUCCCCGGAAAGAGGUCAGAUGAAUUGGACUGCGUCGAGCGUCCCAGCUCUGUUCUCGACGUCUACUUUUCACCACCUGACUCCAGCGUCGCAGAAUCAGACUCCGAGCCCAGCAUCAGACGGUCACCUUCGCCUCCUCCAGUCCCGGCGCACAUCAUUCCUCAUUAG